AUGGAUGGGGGAAGCGGCCUCAACCUCCUCUACGCUGAGACCCUCGACGCCAUGGGGAUCAACCGCUCCCGUCUCCGUCCUAGCAAGGCCCCCUUCCAUGGUGUUGUGCCAGGGAAGCAGGCGACGCCCCUCGGGCAGAUCGACCUGCCCGUCACGUUUGGGACCCCUUCCAAUUACAGAAAGGAGGUCCUCACCUUCGAGGUGGUGGGCUUUCGCGGAACCUACCACGCCAUCUUGGGCCGCCCAUGCUACGCGAAGUUCAUGGCAAUCCCCAACUACACCUACCUCAAGCUCAAGCUGCCGGGACCCAACGGAGUCAUCACCGUCGGCACGACCUUCCAGAAGGCAUACGAGUGCGACGUCGAGUGCUGCGAGUACGCCGCGGCUACCACCGUCUCGGGCGACAUGGUGGCCCAGCUUGAGGAAACCAUUGAGGACCGGUCCGACGCCAAGCAGUCAGGAACCCUCUUCGAGCCCACCGAAGCCCGGUACAGCUAA